UUUCCCCACAUGUCCUUUUCUCCUUUGCAGUGCUGUUCUGUUAUAUAAUUUAUUAUCAUAUUUGUUUAUUUCUUCUUGGUCAUGCUAUUGCCAUUUUUUAGAGGAUAUCACCACGUCUACUAAUCCUUCAGCCAGCCCCCGUCCCUAGAAGGCGCAUGGCAUGGUAGCCCCGGUUGGGGACCCCCAACAACAUGACCUCCAGCAACCACCACGCAUCUCGUCCAAACCUGUCAAUGUCCUACUCCCAGGGUAGCAUCGGGUCGGCUAACGGCAUAUCGUUCUCACAAUCCCAGUUGGGCUCCUUUAACGCUUCACAGUCCGUCUCUUCUACGCCGCGCGCUACUCCCCCUCCGAAAAGCUCCCAGCAGUCCGCGAUGUCGUUUAGUUACAGCAACGGCCGUCCAAAUGGCGCGAGAGGCGGUUUCAAUGGGUUUGAAGACAUGAACGGCUAUGGAACUAUGAUAUACCACGAGGAAUUCAAGCCUCAGAUCUACAGGGCCGUUUAUUCCAAUGUCUCCGUCUAUGAAAUGGAGGUGAAUGGGGUCGCUGUAAUGAAGCGCCGCUCCGACUCUUGGCUCAAUGCCACCCAGAUUCUUAAGGUUGCCGGUGUGGUCAAGGCCCGAAGGACUAAAACUUUGGAAAAGGAGAUUGCGGCCGGUGAGCAUGAAAAGGUGCAAGGAGGAUAUGGAAAGUAUCAGGGCACGUGGGUGAAUUACCAGAGAGGAGUGGAUCUUUGCCGCGAAUAUCACGUCGAAGAGUUGCUUAGGCCCCUUCUUGAAUAUGAUAUGAACCCUAAUGGAACCGGUGGCUCGGGUCAGGAUUCUUUAGAUACUCCUACAAAGGAGCAGGCAAUGGCAGCGCAGAGGAAACGACUCUACAGUGGUAUGGAAAAUCGAAGCAUGUCUCAACCCCAGCAGGGCACUUUCUUCCAGAACAUCUCCCGCACCGCCGCCACGGCAGUCAAUGCCAUGAGUAAAGCCCGCUUUGACUCCCCCGCAGCGAGAGGUGGAGACAGCAGACGCUCAAGUGCCAUCCGAAAACCUUCGCAGCAGAUGGGCAGCCAGGAACCGCAGGCCCCUUUCGGCAGUCAACAAAGCAUAUACAGUGUUGCUUCUGACAGCGGGUUCGGUAGCAAUGUGCCGACUAACGGCCGUUAUCCCCCACAAGAUGUGAUGAGUUUCGAACAAGAAGAGCCCAUAGAGCCUCCGCGCAAGCGCAUUCGCUCUUCGCAGUCAUUCGGUCUUCACUACGAGUCCGCAUCCAUGAUGAACGAGCCCACUCCAACAGAACCUAACGACUCAUUUUACCAGGAUAUGGAAGCCCCGAAUCCUAUCGUUGAGGAGGGCAUACGUCCUUUCGAUCCUCUACCUCCCGCUACAACCCCAGAAAGGUUUCAAAAAAUGAAGUUGAUAAUGACAUUAUUCUUGGAUAAAACGGCCAAGGAUUUUUCAACUCACCCAGCCCUGGUGCAGCUCUCUGGUCAGGAUCUGGAAAUCCCGCUUGACGAAUAUCGAAAUAAUGCCUUACACUGGGCGGCUAUGCUUGCUCGUAUGCCACUGGUUCACGCUCUGGUCCAAAAAGGUGUCAGCAUCUUCCGACUUAACGGGGCAGGGGAAACAGCGCUUCAAAAGGCCGUUGGUACACGGAAUAACCUUGACUACAGAAGCUUCCCACGUCUCCUACAAGUCUUGGCACCAACAAUCAACAUGGUAGACCACAGUGGACGAACCAUUCUCCAUCACAUUGCUGUGAUGGCGGCUACGGGAGGUGGCGGUCAUGUUUCUGCUAAACACUACUUGGAAGCAUUGCUGGAAUUCAUCGUACGUCAUGGUGGUACACCUCUAAAACAGCAAACACCAAAUGGGAAUACCGAGGGUAAACAGAGUGCAGCACACGCCAAUGAAGUCAUUACUCUCGGGCGCUUUAUCUCGGAAAUAGUCAAUCUUCGAGAUGACCAAGGCGAUACAGCUCUCAAUCUUGCCGGACGGGCACGCUCUGUUCUUGUCCCUCAACUGCUAGAAGUGGGUGCUGAUCCACACAUUCCCAACCAUACUGGGCUGCGUCCAGCGGAUUACGGCGUCGGCGUCGACUUGGUGGACGGCAAUUCCCAAUCACAAACUGGGAACCCAAGGGACUCAUACGUGGAUCAAUUGGCAAAAGCAAGGAAAGAAAUUUUAGAUGCUACCCUUUCUCAAAUCAAUACUAUUAUUCAGGAAACUCUAGGGAGCUUUGACCAAGAUCUAGCCUCCAAUUUAACAAAAAAACAAGAAAAAUUUGAACACUGGCACACGAAGAUCCGUGAAUCUGCUAAGGCUCGGCAGAUUGAACAAAAACAAUUGGACGAGUUGAAAGGGAGGUGCUCCGAUCGUCUCGAGUUGAACCGCCGGUUAAAGAACCUGGAAAGAUCAUCUGAGAACCUUUUGGUCGUCCUCAAGGGUAUCCAGGGAGAACUUUUUGAUCCAUCAAAGGUGGUAUCGGUGGGUGACGCGGACAAAGACUCAGGGAUCGAAAUUGCCGAGUUUGAGACACUCUUUCCGGAAGGUUUCGAUCCGGCAUCUGGGUUUUCAGCGGGCCAAAUUGCUUAUCUUACCAAGUUGUCGUCUCCUGAGGAUCUUCAACAACGAAUAGAAAGCUACCAGACCUUCAAUAAGACCACAUUAGACGAAGUGGAUUCACUCAAAUCUAAAAACGUGGUUCUGGGUCAAAACUAUCGUCGAAUGGUUAUGGCAUGUACAGGGUGGACGGCCGAGCAAGUUGACGAGGCUGCAGAGGGAUUAACGCAAUGCGUCAAGGAGCUCAAUGACAACCCUGUUCCGGAAGAUGAGGCGAUUGAAAUCCUCAUGAAAGACCGUGGCCAAGAUUGGUAGUGGUUUUGUGUUAGUUGUCAGACACGAGUACAUACAUGAUAUGAUACAUACGACAAACUGAACCUAGCCAAAACAGUUUCUCUGUUUAUUAGAGUGCUAUGGGGCUGUGUUAGUAUUUCAUCUGCUUGUCUACGAUUUUGUCCUGGGUAUCACGGAGCAUUAUUCAUAUACGGUGUUGGUGUUUUUUUGUCUUCUUUUGUGUGUAUGUGUUUUUGUCUAUGCAUUAAUGUCGGUAUUUACAAGAUACCCUGACGGCACAUAAUGAGAUUCAAUAGCAAGCUAUAAUAUUCCAGAUGAGG